UAAUAAGUGGUAUCAUAAAUGUAAACUUAAAUGGAUGCUUCAUAUUUGGACUGAACCCUGUUCCUUUGGUUCACAAACAAUCUGAGCUAUACCCAUAUAGGUAUUAUUGUGCUACCUGUAAUCAGAUUAAAGCAAGGUUUCCCCAUGUAUAUUUUCCAUGACCCCAACUACAUGUACAUAGUUAGUACACUGUACAUGUAUUACAAAUUAUUUAGCUUGUGACCUCUUGGUACAGUUCAAGAUUUAAAUGACCAAUCGACCAAAUCAUCUAAUUUUUAUUUCUACAGUCGAAAGCUCUGGGGAUUUAAAUCAUGUGACGGUUCAGUGUAUAAAUAGUUUGCCAUCAGGAUAUGACAAUAAAUACAAGUCUAAAAGGGUUUAACUUAAGAUUAAAGAUCAUGACAAUUACUUGUAGUUGAGGAAGCAUAGAUCUACUAAGGUUUGUAAACAUGUGUAUAGGGCCAUUUUUGAGGCAGAUUUCUAGUGAUGGACCCUCGGCUCUGUGCCCAAGAUGUCCUCCGGUGUGACCAGUGUGAAUCUCCAUCGGUGGAGAGCCACUGUGACACUUGUCAAUCAAGACUCUGUAACGACUGUGUCACCAGGGGGCGCUGCUCAGACUCCUCCUUACCUCACCAAGUGGUACCACUCAGGGAGAGAAUCACUGUUCCCAGGUAUCCAAAGUGUUCACAACAUGCUGACAAACACUGUCAGCUUCACUGUCAGAAAUGUGACACUGCUGUCUGUUCCACAUGCAUUUCUACUGGUACACAUCUCGGCCACCCCAUUGUUGACAUCUUAAACAAAGAUGCAGGCCAGUUAGGGGCUACAGCAGCCUCACCGAAUACUGCAGACAAAGAAAAGCAGAGUUCUCUUCAGUCGGAAUUAUCAAUGGAGACAUCAGAAGCAGAAUCUGUGGUUCCUGUCAAACACCUUCUGGACAAGCCAAGGGUAACCUACAAGUACCGAGCCAGCAUUUCUUGUGUUUAUGGCGUGGCUUGCUUUGGUGAUGACAUCUGGACAUUCGAAGAUGAUAAGACCAUAAGGCGAUUCAACGCAGUAGCUAGGGAACAGACGAUGACCAUCACUACAAAGUGUAAGACACUGCCCUGUGAUAUCACAGUGACAAAGAAGGGAUAUCUCGUCUUUACUGAUGUUGAUGAAAGAACGGUGAACAUAGUGAAGAAGAAGAAAAUCGAGAAGCUGGUAAAGCUUAAGAAAUGGCUGCCCCGCUAUGUCUGCUCCACCUCUGCUGACGACCUCUUGGUCGUCAUGGACCACGCUGAUUACAACACUGAACCUACAAAGGUUGUCCGUUACUGCGGAUCCACAGAAAAACAAGCAAUUCAAGUGGAUGACCGGGGCAAGCCUCUCUAUUCAUCUGGUGGAUACCACCAUUUUAUUGCAGAGAAUGGAAAUCUUGAUAUCUGUGUGUCCGACAACUGUUAUGACUUUGCAUGUGUGACCGUGGUUGAUCAAUUUGGGAAAUUCCAGUUUCGCUACAAGGGUCAUCCUCUCACGGACAAGAAGAGAUUUAAUCCUCGCGGAAUUGAUACCGACAGUCAAAAUCGGAUCUUGGUUGCGUGUGCAGACAAUUUAAACAUUCAUAUUCUGAACAAGAAUGGGCAGUUCCUUGGUUACAUAGAUAACUGUGACCUGCACUGGCUGCAUGGUCUAUAUGUGGACUCUAGAGACUACCUCUAUGUGACUGAAUACUUGAAUGGAAUUGUGAAGAAAAUUCAGUACACUUCUUGAUUGUUUAUCAAUUUCUGAAUCAAUAAUCUUGUAACUUUAAUAGAAAUUAAAGAAAUCAAAUUGAUCAAUGUUUCUUCCUAGUAAAAUCUAAACAUUAGUCUCAUAUCUAUAUACAUGUAUAUGAGAUAUAUAUUUAUAUGAAAUAUAAUUCAUUUUAAAGUAAAAAUCAAAGGACUGAAAGUACUGUCUUAUUUUUUUGUGACACCUUGCCUAAGAAUCUCACUUGUAAUUAAACUGACCAUUAAAUGA